UCGCUGAGGCUAGGGGAGUUUGCGGGGACAGGCGGCCUGCUGGUGCGUCGGGCGUCUGGCGGGCGGCUGAGGUGAGCCUCAACGGCGGAGGAGAAAUCGGCGCCGAGCCUUUUUGCUUGUGAGCAAAGCGAGGAACGGCUUAGAUCGUUGCCGUUAUUGCUGCCCGGCCCGUCAGUGAAAUGCAUCAGUUUGAAGAGGAAUUAACUUGUUCUAUUUGCUACAGUAUAUUUGAUGAUCCUCGUGUACUGCCAUGUUCUCAUACAUUUUGUAGAAAUUGUUUGGAAAGUAUUCUUCAGAUAUCAAGCAAUUUUUCCAUAUGGCGACCACUAAGGCUUCCACUGAAGUGUCCCAACUGUCGAAGUAUUGUUGAAAUUCCUCCAUCUGGUACAGAUUCUUUGCCUGUAAACUUUGCAUUAAAGGCUAUUAUUGAAAAGUAUCAACCAGAGGAUCAUCCUGAAGUUGCUACCUGCAGCGAGCAUUAUAGACAGCCACUCAAUAUUUACUGUCUUCUUGACAGAAAACUUGUGUGUGGCCAUUGUCUUACAAUAGGAAAACAUCACGGCCAUCCUAUAGAUGACCUACAGAGUGCCUACAUGAAAGAAAAAGAAACUCCUGAAAAACUCCUUGAGCAGUUGACAGAUAAACAUUGGAGUGAAGUUUGUUUGCUUAUUCAAAAUCUUGAGGAACAGAAAGCUCAGUGUGGGAGUAUUGUUCAGGAGGAUAAAAUAACAGUUUUGCAAUAUUUUAAGAGACUCAGUGAUGCACUUGAUCAAAAAAAACAAGCUUUACUUGCAGUUCUGGAUGAUGUAAAUAUGCAGAUUGAGGCAGAAUACGAACCUCUCAUAGAAACAUUGAAAGGAAUAGUAGAAGAGCAACUUGAGCUAAUGUCACUGACUACAUCAUUUCAGGAGGAGGAAUCUCCUCUCCUUUUUCUGGAGAAAGUUGAGGAAAUACGUCAGCGUCUUAACACUUUGAGGGAAAAACCAUUACCAGUGAUUAAGCCUGUUGAAAUUCAUCCUCGAAUAGGACAGGUAUUAAAAGAUGUGUGGAAUAAAAGUGAAAUUAAUCAGAUUAACAAAAUUCUCAUUCCCAAAAUAAAGCUAAUUUCAAAACGAAAAAUAAAUAGCCAGGAUUGUGACAAUGAGACUAGACAAUCUAAAAAAUCCUUCUGGUUCGUAAGCCCUUUGGCAAUUAUAUUAAUUUCUUUUAUUUUUCUUACUGUUGUGUUUAGCCAACAUAUAUUAACAUUCAUUAAUGAAAUAGCUUUUCCAUAUAUUUUUGGUGCCUUGCAGAUAAUUUAUCAAGACUUAAGUAAAAGGUUGCACAUAGUAGUGGAAAACACUAUGAUACACCCCUGAUUUAGUUGAAUAAUUUCUUUUUGCUUUUGAUAGCAACUUUUUGCCCUGUUUAGGAUAAUAUCUGAAUUCUUAUGGAUUUCAUUUUAGUUUGAUGUUAAAUUAAGUAUGAGUUGAUACUGACAUCUGUUAAAUGUGACAGAGGGUGAAAUUACCUAGCAUUGCAAAUAGGCCAGUGACAGCCUGUACUGUUGGAAUGAAUGUUCAGUUCUAUUCUCAAAAUGCAUGCAGAGGCGAUCAUGUAAAGAUUGUGUGAGAAUCAAGAUGGAGUUUGGCUUGACUUGAUAGUUUACUCUGGUCACAUCUUUGUCGUCUUUACAUCCGUAAUUUUUAUAAACUGUAUUGAUAAACACAAUACAAUGUUGAUUAUCCUAAAACAUUCUUUUAAAUUGGUUUUCUUGUUGGAAACAUGUAUCUGAGGCUAAAUAUUUUGAAGUCUUUCCUUCUGGAAAAGGAAGUUAGUUGUUAGAUGAAACAACAUCUAACAGCUGCUAAUCAGUUCUAAUGUUUUAAAUAGUUUGCCUGGAAAAGAUGAAAAAAAUAUUUUUUCUUGAAUUAACUCAAUUAGAGAGGGAUUAUCUUGGAUGAGUAGGGAAACAGGUUAUAUUUCUAGUCUUUCUAGCAUUUAAAAUUUAUAUUUCUUCAUUUCAGUUUUCAUAAAGCUAAGUUUUUUUAAGGAUCACAAUUUGCGCUAAAUCCCCCAGAGGUUCUAGUUUUAGUUCCACAGAGGUUUGUGCUUGUCGCUUCAAACAAGAGCACUGUAGUACUUUUCUAGCACUGAUCGUAUAAGUGCUUGCUAUUUUACAUAUAUACUUCACUGAGGCCUUCAUUUUUCUUGGAAGACAGAGUGAUAUUAAUUGGCCAUGAAGGAGAUAACCUUUUGAGGACAUAAACAUGGCAUUGUCUGACAGGGUUAUGAUAAGUUGUAGGAAGAGCGUUUGUACUUUUUAAAGUGGAAUUGUGAUUAGUAGUGGACUGAUCCCUGGAAGUUUUCAGUUCGUGCAGAUGGCAGUGAAAGUGAUUAGAUGACCAAAAGCAGCAGGGCCUAUCAACUUCUUCAGAAUAGUUUGUGGAAUUUAAUGAGUUUGCUGUAAAGAUUAAUGGACUUUUUUAACGUGCUUUCAUUUUGCAAAAACAGAUGUUUAGCUGUUACCACAUAAAAUAAAGCAAUUAGUAGAAAGGAAUACAUGUAAACGAUAACUGUAGUUUCAGAAUAAAUAUUGUCAUCAUCCUUAACUGUAUUUAGUUCAAUAUAAACUUAGAGCACAAGAGCCUGGUAGAAAAUAUAUUUUAAAUAAUGUAGUAGCCUCUUUUCUGCUUGUUAUACCAUAUAUGGCUUAUAGCAGCUGCAUGGCAAUAAUCAGGGGGAUAAGUUUUUUGGAAUUUGUUAACUCCAUGCUCAGUAUUGUUGGCUCUCAUUAUUCAACUGUACUCAACUUCAUGCUUUUAAAUUUUAAAAUUUGUAAUGGGUUUUUCAGGUUUCAGAAUUUGUACUUUUCAUUAAUAAAAUAUUUUGAUUUUUAUGUUAGAAUUGUAUUCAUAGUUACAUUUCUGAAGCUAUUUUAAAUAAAUGCAAGAAAAUAA